AAUAAAACCACUUGCUCUAUCCUCGUGUAGAAGGUUGUUAUCAGUUGGAGUACUUAGACUUGUGAUGUUUUAAACACGAUGUUUUUUAUUCAAAUAGUUUAGCUACCAAUUUAUCUGCAACUUAAGAAACGCGGCUUGCAUAGCCUGCGGUAUUUGUUCACAUGUAAAUGUAACAUAAUAUUAAUGAUUUGUUGAACCGACAUGUUUUGUGAACGAAACACUUGGAAUUGAAUAAUGGCAACCUUUGGUAAAUCGUCAGGUGACGUACGUGGGAAUAAAAUGCGAACGGAACGCACCACCAGCAAAGAACUAGAAUCGGGAAGUACGUCCGUAGAUGACGAAGAAGAACCUCCGCUAUCAGAACACGUUCCAAACAACAUAAAAGACAUCUUCAUUACCGACAACGAAGCAAAAGAAAGCUUAUUGAAAAUAUAUGGAAAAGUUAUACAGAUGAUUAAUGAACUUCCAAAAGAAUUGUCAACUUUGUUGUCAAGGCUAUACGGAGAUGUAUUAUCGAAGCUGAAAAUGAAUGCCACAUUAGUUUCAGAGAAAUGCAAACUUGUUGUUGCAGGCGAGUCAAACUCUGGUAUGAACAGUGUUAUAAACACAGUUCUGGGAUCCGAGAUACUUCCUAAUCCGCAUGUACUUUCGCCAGGAACUAUUUGUUGUGUGCAUACAGUACCCUCUGACGUUGAAGGAUAUUUCUUGAUUCAAAUGACCAAUGGAUCGAGCGAGAGGCAUUCUUAUCCUAAAGUGCCGGGCGCGUUUCAAAGUCUAUUGUCUGACAAAAUGAAAGGGAACAUAUCCCAGCGCAUUGAAACGUAUUGCCAUCUGCCAGUGUUUGGAAACACCGAUAGCGUUACAAUUGUAAGUCAUCCUGGAGGAGAUAACAUAUUGCCGAAAGAGUUCAUGGAAUCGGUUGAUGAUGCUUCUAUUCUCAUUUAUGUAGUAAACAGCGCAUGCACAGAUGGUAUUCAAGAAAAUAAGUUGAUGCAAAUGUGCAAACAGCUACAGUCAGACGCACGAGUAGGCAAUUUAAAUAGCUUUGAUCCAAAAUGCAUGAUGUUUGUAUGCAAUAAUUGGGAUAUUGUUGAGAAAAAAGAACGCUCCGAUCCGGGUGCAGAGAAUAGGAUAUGGAGAGAGAUUGUUACGAAGAUACAGAAAUAUUUCCCGGGAAUUUCUGAACAUGAUCAAAUUUACAAGUUGAGCACCACUGAGGCAAGCAGAAGCAGGCGUUCUGGAAAUGUCAUGAGCGAUCGUUUCAAGAAAGUUCAUGAAGGAUUCCGGAAUGUAAUUCUUGCAAGUCAGAAAGGGAAACUUCAGAAACAUUUCAGUUGGUUGGAAAGUCUGCUACAACACAUUCGAAAACAUGCUUUAGUAAGGCUACAGUUUGCCAACGAUACCAGUAAGUCGAACGACGAUGUGAAGCAAGCUUUUAAAAAGCUGCAGCGAUUCAUCGCGGAGUCAACAAAGAUGAAAGUGGAUCUUAAGCAGCGAGCACGAUCACGUUGUACGCAAAUGGUGGUGUUGCUAGAAACACACCUGAAGCAACCAAGUGUUCAUAGUGAUAUCAAGAGUCGAUUUUAUGCCAAUGAAGACAUGCCCCUUUCAGAUGAUAACAUCGACGAAAUCAGAGCCGAGGUGAAGAGGUUUAUCCAGGGGCUGAUAUUAGAAGAAAUACAGAAAUGGGAACAAGACUCUAAACACUACCAACGCACUGUAACAAUGAUAAACGAGGAAUUUGAAAAGAAAUUUCAGUCUAUGCGAGAAGAGUUUGAAGACGUUGAACGGCUUGUGCAUAUUGAGAACGAACCCGACAAUGAUUUCACAGGGACUGAUGAAACAACAGUUGAUAACUCUUUGACAGCUGGUGAAAAGGCAAUAAUGGCGGUAACAUCGCCUAUAUGGAUUCCACUUGGCAUAGUCGCCGCCUUGGUUGCCAUCCCGGUUGUUAUCGGAUCAUUAGUAAAUGAUGAAAGGAAAUUGAAAGAAUUUCGGAAAGACAGAUCACCGUUUAUGAACAAGUGGUUAAAGGAUUCUUUGAAGGAAUUCUUGAAAAGGAAAUCGAUUGACAAAACUGUGCUUGCAAAUUACGUUUCCAUCUUAACGAAACGAAUAGAUCAAAUGAGUGCCCGUAUUGUUUCAGAAUCAGUGCAAGCAGACAUGGUGCAUUUGGAGUCCAUUUUGAAGGACACGCGUGAAUCAAGCGAGAUUGUUGAGGAUUUUACGGAUAUAAAGACCACCGUUCAAGAUCAUAUUGCGUCAUUGAGAUUGUUCGAGCUACAAUGUCUUGCCAGCGAUACAGUAAACUGUGUUGACAUAACUCGUGUUAAAGAAAUCGGUACCGGACAUUUCUCAGAUGUUUAUGCAGCUAAAUAUUUGAAGGAGGACGUAGCACUAAAAGUUAUUAAAACAUCAUCCGCUUCGAUGUUUACACAUUUGGUCGAGUUAGAAAUAUUCAGGAGGUUACAUCACGAGCACAUUGUGAAAUUCAAGGGAGUAUGUUACACUGACAUGUUGCCAGCUGUGGUUGGAGGCGGAAAGCGGGAGAAGCUGAGCAACUUUCGGUUGAUGUUCCUGUUUGAACAAUGUGACACCAACUUGGAAGAUUAUGUAUUUAAUAAUCCUAAACUCCAGUGUGGAAAUAUACCACACAACUCCAGAGGUCAAGCAUCCCAGUUCUUUGGCCGAACAGGACAGGCUGUUUGCUCUGCGAUGUUGUUCAUUCAUGGGAGAGGCUAUGCGCAUAGGAAAAUGCACCUGAGAGGCGUUUUGUUACAAAACGGAACAGUGAAGCUUUGCGGACCAACUUGUAAGCCGGACACGAACAUAAAUGAUGGAUCUAGAAUUUUGGCUCCGGAAGUCAUGGUACAAGGAAACAUUGGUAAACACACGGAUAUAUUCGAUUUAGGUAUACUGCUGUGGGAACUUUGGUAUGGAAGACGGGCCGCGAUAGAUUUGAAAAAGAUUCGAUCUAUAACCUGCAGACAGCAUCCUGAUUGCAAUGCCAAGCACGCAAUGCCGGAGGGUCUGGCACGUGGUGUAGAGAACUGUUGGGCGCUAAACCCAGAGGAUAGACCUGGUGCCGGUCUGCUGUUGCAAGAAAUGUAUUCGAUUAUGUAACAAUAGAUGCUUUAAAGCUGUUAUUGAUGGUUUAUGUCACGAGUUGAUGCGUUACAACAACAACGGAUACACAUGCAUAUAUUUUAGGUUUCUCGUUUGAAAUAACAUACCACAAUACUGGUCUCGGAUUGAUACUUCGACACUAAAUACCAAAACUACAUCUUUAGUUGGAAUGUGUUGAUGUUAUUAUUAAAAGCGGCUUAUGGGCACAUAUCAGACUGUGUGUUUUAUUAUGUGUUUAUGUUUGUUUUACGCGUAAAUGUACAUCUUUUGGAUAAGGCUACACUAGGGGUUUUGCUAUAUGAAGUUGAUGACAAUGCUUUACGUUUAAAGUAUAGACUGUAUAUACAUUAAUAUUUUUAUACUGAAGAGUAUAAGUUAAUUUAAGAUAACAUCAAUAAUGCAAAAGACCUACAAAACAAUACUACAUAUACAGUGUUUACAAAAAAGAUUCGUAUGAACGUACAUUUUGUUGAACAUAUAAGAAUGAUAAUGCAGAAUUUUCAAUGUCGUGUUUCUGUGCAAGUGUACAUUACCAAUAACGACAAAAUACCAGCAUAGAAAUAAAAAAGAAACAAGUAAUACUCUUUUCGCUACAUUGAAUCUGUGCACUUUGUUUUCUUUUUAAGAGAACACUUAAACAAAUACAUACGUGUACUGGUUUAUCACAAGUCUGAACAAGAUAUGUGUCAAUCGGGAACAUUGCCCCCUGUUUCCAAUUCCGUAUCAUUACUCCACAUACGUACAAGAUAUGUGGCUUAAUUGUUAGAACUACGUGUCGUUUUAUGAUAAAUUCAUUCUCUGAAGUAAUGGCGAUAAAUGACAUGCGUGUGUUUUGUAAUUAAUAUGGGCUGAACAAGAGGUCGGGCAGGCCUUUCAAUCGGUUAAAUCGUUAAUACUUUUCAUUAAUUGUUCCAAUGAAUGGUCUUGUUCACUUGUAUGCUUAAUUUUGUUUUGUAUGUAUUGUUAUGAAUUGUAUAUGAAACAUAUCACAUUACAUAAAUACCCGACUGGAAGAAGGUAUAAGAUUUGUUCAAUAAUCCAUAUAUUUUUAACUCUACAUAUGUUUUCAUAUUUGAUCUUUGCAUCUUGCAUAAUAUAUCUUGGUCACGUUACCGUACAUAAUUUACAUCAAAACGGAAACUCAUAUUCAAGCAGAGUACACAAUUUGUAUUUACUUUAAUAUAAUAAAACAUGAAUGUGUUUUGCCCAUGUUUCUCUUAUAUAUAAUCGAUAUGCUAAAAUGCAUCGGCAUUUAAUAAUCAUACAAUAAAACUUAAUCAGAUGCUGUUUUGACGGUUUUCAGAAAUGUGAAUGACAAUUAUCCACUGUCUUCAUGUUAUCCUGUCGACUCGUGUUAAAUAUUUUUAUAAAAUAUAUUUUUCUUGAGUACUUUUUUCGCCGCCAGUUUGUUUAACUAAAAUGGUAUUCAUCUGCAAUGUCACGUGAAUUACUACAAGGAGUUACAAUAUCUUUCUUUCCUAUGCAAGCGAUUAUCACUGAAAGUACUCGUUUGAAUUCAUAAUGGAGGCUUGACAUUCUUUGAGAAAUAUUUGAGAGUUUUAAGUGAGACAUCACUAUAUCUUUCCUAUUCAAACGAUAUAUUACAUUAUUUGUACACUACUAAACCUGGAUAUUGAAUUGUAUGUUGCAAAUAAUGCAAAUAUUGCAAAUAUUGCAAAUAUUGCUUAAUGCAAACUAUUUUUGUGUAUUUAAAAGAAAUGUGUUUUUGUUAAAAUUAGGAUAAUUUUUAAACACGUACGCAACCACAAAUCAUGUAGGCGAUUUUGUUACAUUUGUAGACCAAUUUCUUUUCAAUUACUAUUGUUUUUCAGAGCAUCGUUAUAAACAACCCUUAGUAUACUAUUACUACUAUCUUUCAUUGUAAACCAGUGUUUUAUUUUUCGGAUGUGUAUGUUGAUAUAAAGUGAAUAUCAGCCCAGUGCCACAUAAACUGCAGCACAAAACGCAUUGAUUACUCUUUGUAUUGUUUUACAAAAUUAAAGGUAAAUUCUUUCUUGUUCCUUUGAUUUCGUAUCUCCCCAAACAUCGCAAGAAUUUUUCAGCAUUGUUGUUACAAAUGCAUCGAAUAGUUGACAACAUUUUUUACUAAAGAUCAAAGACGGCGAUUUUGCAAAAUUGAACAUUGAGGGAUUUUAAGGCCUUUUCAUUAAGACGUUCAAUGCUGUUCACAAAGUUUCCAGUGUAAUUAAAAGCAGCACGUAUAUAGUUGAAAUCACGAAAUACUUCUAUUGUUGACUACUAUAGGUCAAUGUUUCGUUUGCCAAGAACGCCCAACGUUUUCAGAAAACCGUGUUUUGUUCAUGUUGUAUUUACAGUCAGACAAUAUGAACAACCAUAUGAAAAUAAAAGAUCUAAUUAUC